AUGGCGGCCAAAAAUGGCCCGUCCGAUAUCUUUGAGCUUUCAACUCCAUCAUUACACUCUUCGGGAGACCCUUUGUGGACCGGAGCCUCGCCAGACAGACCAGAAACAGUUAUUCCACGCCGCCAGGAACCGGGAAAGGUCCUCGACAUCGGUCGCUACGGGUUCGGGGUGUUGUCACUCGGCACCCUUCUCAUCGCCGGUGCAAUUGCGUUCUUAUGGUUCUUGUGGAAGGCAGACGACCAUAAUAAUUUUUGGCGACGGAUCGUGGCCGAAGGACGCAUCGCUCAGGCCAUAGCGUUGACAGCUCUUGUCAUUCGAUUUGCCGUGUUCGCGCAGGCGGCACUAUGCACCUCUAUGCUCGCAAAUCUAGCAUUGCAAAGAUCUCAUGUUACGCUGCCGAACUCUGUGUCAAUGGCUCUUUUGCAGUAUCAGAACAAUGGACCACACCAGCUUGUCGUGGAUCUUUUUGAUUCCUGCAAGAGGAGGAAGGCUGUGAUCGUCGGGUUGUUAGCAGUGUUUCUCCUGUUAACGACCACCGUUGUGCAAUUCACCUCAACAAUUCUGUUAUCCGACUUGCAAAUCAGCCCGAUAGCAGGCUUGGUGCAGAACACGUCAAUUCCAUCCACUCUGAACUGGGAUGCUGGUAUCUCUUCUCAAGCAACCUGGUCCGGAGAAGGGUACAUGCUCCUGCCGCCAGCCCAGUAUCCCGCUUUUGCCGAAUACUCGGAAGUUGGGGAGGUCCGUGAAGCGAUUGAUGGUGUUCACGAUACGGGGACUGUAAUGCGGGCGUUCAUGCCGAUAUUGCAGAAGAGCUCGCGGGAGACGCUUCAGAGUUACGACGGUAAAGCCACUGUUCUGGACUCUCGUGUGGUCUGUGGACGCCCUGUAGUCAAACACGCAUCCCUUGACAUGGGCAAUAUCGACGAAUGCGCCGGUCCAAGGAUCAGCGGGGACAUUUCCAUCGAUCUAAGCUCAGUCCCGCGCUUCCGCUACCAUGAAAACGACAAGGGAGCAAAGAACUUCAGUUGCAGUACAGCAGUUCCAAAUGCACAGCGGCGCUCAGAGUGGUCGUUAAUGGCCUGUCCCGUAACUCAAACAGCCGGCAUUGUUUCAGCCAUGGAUAGCAUCGAUGAGGUCCUUGAUCCGAACAGUGGUACACGGUAUGGAAUGAACACUUACAUGCUGUAUGGUGUAGGUCAAGCCUAUCUCCUCAUCAACACGACCGGCACUUGGGGUCGCUGGCUUAAUUACUGUAAGCGACAGAAGAUCUUCGAAGACGAUGAUGGCGGACCGACUGUCUCGAAUCUGAGGUUGGCAUCUGAAGCAGACUACGUGAGCAGGGGCGAAUGGCUUGACAUCCCCACGAACGACCCACUGGUGACCUUCUCGCUUUCUCUCUGCUACAGCGCUUUCAACGUGGCCGACCGUCAUAUCAGCGCCAGUAGUUGGCGCAAUCGCACGGAGCCGAGUAUCGAAUGGGACUAUGACAAUCGCACAUUUAGUACAGAAGGAAUUCGUCUCCAAAUGGGGACUGUCGGGCUCAACAACACUGGUCCGUCGUCCAAGAUCAAUGAUACGCUCGCAGAGCGAGGGAUUCUCAGCCUCGCACCACCAGAGCCGGAUUCUUCAAGCUCAAGUGUAAGGCGUGACGUCUGGGUCUCGAGUGCCAAUAUGAGGUUGGAAUCGCGCACCGGGCAGGCCAUCCUGUUGAAUUCAAACCUAGGAUGGAAGCAUACCGCACUCACAUUCUGCCUGGACUGCCAGCCCACUUUCGGAAACUCCUCUUCUAACCCCGCCACGGGGCGUGACACAUCCAGCGGACGAUCCUCACUGCACCCGCAUUAUCUGAGCUUGGUGAGUACGACACUCGAUGCCACGGGACAUCCUGCCUUGGCACUGCAAAGCGUGUUCACCAAUUUGUUCUCGAUGGCAUACUACGACCUCGCCCUGAAAUUCGAUUCGAGGGAAGAGAUUCACUUAAGUAGUUUCGUGGUGGCAUUGAGACCUGUGACGUGGAAGGCAUUCGCAAGUGUAAUGGUGCUUCUGAUAGUCCAUCUGGCUCUCGUGGAUUGCGUGAUUAUCCUUUUCGCAAGCCAAGGACAAGGUGUGAUUGGGGGAGGCUGGGCGAGCGUAAGUCAACUUCGAAGCGACUCAUUGAGUGCGUGGAUCGAUAGCCAGGUGGGGGAAAAUAGAGAUAGAAGGGUGGGAGAGGAAAUGAAGCGUCUGGGAGAUGCAAGGAAAUGGGUUGGCUUUGGGGCGAAUGGGCGCAUCGAGGUUCAAACAGAGACGUCGUCGAGCUAUGUAAGGACAUAA